AUGUGACAGUGUGGUUUUCCAACUUCCACAACGGAUUGCCUCUCGCAUUUCUUCUGGUCGGAGGCUCCGUAAGAGGGACUUGGAGAGCAUACACAAGACCAGGAAAAUCCAUCAGAAGUUUAAAGCAAAGCAUUCUUUUUUCAAGGGGGAAAUGAGAAGUUGGGAGAGGAAAAGUAGGCUAUAAAAAUUGUCUUCUUCUCUGACACAGGCAACCAAGUCAUGGCAGAGAACAGCACAAAUAUCUUUCUGGAAAUACUUCAGUCUUAUGAUGCAGUGCCUCUGAUCAUUGCUUUCUGUGUGUCGGUGGCUGUGGGUCUAGUCUUGGGUGCUGUGAUCUAUGUGCUCCUAACCUGGAUGUCCCGGCGCAAGGCAGGCUCUGUAAGCAUCACACGACGGCCCUCUCGCAAAUCCCGCACCUCUUCACGGUCGCGCCCCAAUUUCAAACGCAACAACAGCUACGAUCGCCGCAGUAACAACAACUUACUGGGAGCUGCCUUUAGCUUCCACCGCCAGAGCUCUUCCCCUGAUCAGCUGGACCCAUUGGGGUACAAAUCAAGCUUUAGAGGAUCCACAUUCCACCCUUUGCUCCAUUGCAGCCAAAUUGCAAGAGAGGCAGAGGAGGGGAGCCCAACUUCACUUCCACGUACCCCAACUUUGACCUCCUCCACAGGGACAGCUCAAGCCUCUGAGCAGGUUGCUGUUGAUCCAUCCAGACCAGAGUCUUUUUGGGGAAACACAAGUCUGAGAGGUUUCCAUGUAACACAAACUCCACCUCCAGCUUAUGAGAGCAUCAUCCGAGCUUAUCAGGAAACAAGCACCUGAGGAGAUAGACCAGAGAGCGUAAUGGUUAAGGGACAUUUAUACUGUAUACUUUUAUUGAAUUAAUUGUGUUCUGUAACGUACAAUGUGGGAAGUUAUUUAUGUAAAGAAA